UGGCAGCGGAUCAAGGAGGGCAGCGUGAUCGACCGCGUGCCGCUGAUCGGCGUCGGGGACAUGAUUGAGGCCAUCAACGGGCGCAGCCUGGUGGGAGCGCGGCACUACGACGUGGCGCGGGCACUGAAGGAGCUGCCGCGAGGGAGAACCUUUGCCCUGCAGCUCACCGAGCCCAGAAAGGCCUUUGACAUGAUCAGCCAGCGCACGGCGGGGGGCCGGGGGGGGGGCACAGCGCUGGGCAGCGGUCGGGGCACCCUGAGGCUGCGCGCCCACGGCCCGGCCACCGUGGAGGAGCAGCCCAGCGCCUUCGAGGAGCGCGCCAUCGCCAAGGUGGACGAUCUGCUGGAGAGCUACAUGGGCAUCCGCGACACCGAGCUGG